AAAGCAAUGUUGAACAAUUUUACUAAAAAUAUAACAGGCAUUUUGUUACUACUCAUUCAUAUAGUAGAUCUAACACAAGCUCAACGACAAUGUACUUCUAUGAAUUAUCAACUACUCUCUGAACGUCAUGUAAUCAAUAUAACCUCUCCGAAUUAUCCAAAUGCCUAUCCGCCGGGUACAAAUUGUAGACAUAGUGUAACGGCUCCCAGAGAUCAUGUUGUUAUUUUAACCUGUUACUUCGAAGUGGUUCCCAAUAACUGUGACUCUGAAUAUUUUUUCCUAUCUCCGGAUGGCGAUCUACAAUUUCGUGAUGCCCAGCGUUUCUGUCGCAAUACUCAAAUCACUAGAAUUUCAAACUUCCGUUCUAUAGCCUUAGCCUAUUCUUCAUCACGUUCAAAUACUCGUUUACGUGGUCGUUUUAAUUGUCAAGCUCGCGCUAGAAGAGUACCCUGUAAUUGUGGUUGGUCAAUGGGGACACGCAUAGUUAACGGUCAGGAAACUCUACGCAAUGAAUUUCCCUCUAUGGUGGCAUUGAGAGAUAUGACAUCUCCUCAAAGGGUAUUUUGUGGGGGCAAUAUAAUUAGUCCACGUCAUAUUAUAACGGCUGCCCACUGUACUCGUGCCCAUCCGGACUCAAAUACUAUAAUGGCAUACGUGGGAGAUCAUGAUUUGUCAGUUGAUAAUGAAUCCCCCUACGCUGCCCAAUAUCGCAUACAAAGUAUUAUAAAUCAUCCGAGUUUUAUGACCACAGCAACCUCCAUGAUUAAUGAUAUUGCUAUAUUAAUAACCAGAAUACCCAUGGAAUGGUCUAGGGGAGUUGGACCUAUCUGUUUACCCUGGAGACAACAAAAUGAAGCCUUUGCCUAUUCAACCGUGGAAGUAGCCGGCUGGGGCACUCUAUCAUUUGCUGGAGCAAAAUCCAAUACUUUGCAGAAAAUACAAUUGAUAACUUUGGAAAAUCGUGUUUGUCAGCAGCAAUAUAAUGACACAGUGAGGGCCUCACAAAUAUGUACUUAUGAUUAUAGUGGUUUAGGGCAAGAUUCCUGUCAAUAUGAUUCAGGCGGACCGGUUAUAUUACGUCAGCAAAGAUUAAUGCUUUUGGGUGUUAUAAGUUAUGGACGCAGCUGUGGUCAGCGUUAUGGCAUUGGUAUUAACACCCGCAUAACUUCUCAUUUGGGCUGGCUGUGGCGUUAUGUACAAAAUGAUGUGUGUGUUCAGUAAAUGACCGCGUUUUUUUUUCAGAACAUUUACUUUUGUUUUGUUUUAAAUAAAAUAUGUCCGGUUUUGUAUCUUUUUUUCGCUUUUUGUUCUAAGUACCACUUUUGUUAUUUUCAUGGUUAAUGACUUAAUUUAUGCACAACCAUAAUUUUUGUUGAGAUUCUUCUUUUUUCGCAUUUCAUAUUUUCAAGGAUAAUGAGCUUUGUUAUCCUUUGAUGUUCAGGCCUUUAUAUACAUU